CCCAGCCUUUUCUCAGCAUGGAGCCGAAGAGCCCGGCGCCGUCCUGGGUCAGCCCGGCUGUGGUCACCUGGAGACUGGACUCAUUCGGUAGCGACGCUGGACAGAGGGUUCACGUGGAGUUCUAUGUGAAUGAGAACACGUUCAAGGAGAGACUCAAACUGUUCUUCAUUAAGAACCAGCGCUCCAGCUUGCGGAUCCGUAUUUUUAACUUCUGUCUGAAGGUUCUGACGUGUGUGCUCUACAUCAUACGAGUCAUGACCGACAAUCCAGCUCAGCUCCGCAACACAUGUGUAAAAUGCAACAGCUCUUCUCAAAAUAACGAGAUUAACUGGGAGCUGAUCUUUUGGGUGGAUAGGAAAACUCCUGUGUGGGCCAUUCAGGUGAUAGUAGCGUCCAUCAGUUUCUUGGAGGCCAUGCUGCUCAUGUACCUCAGCUACAAGGGUAACAUCUGGGAGCAGAUGUUCCAGGUGUCGUUUCUGUUGGAGAUGUUAAACACAGUCCCCUUCAUCAUCACGAUCUUCUGGCCCACUCUGAGAAACCUCUUCAUCCCCGUCUUCCUCAACUGCUGGCUGGCCAAGCAUGCUCUGGAGAACAUGAUCAACGAUCUGCACAGAGCGAUCCAGAGAACACACUCAGCCAUGUUCAACCAAGUUCUGAUUCUCAUCUGCACACUGCUCUGCCUCGUCUUCACAGGUACGUGUGGUAUCCAGCAUUUGGAGCGAGCGGGACGAAACAGCCUCUCUCUCUUUAACUCUCUCUAUUUCUGCAUCGUCACCUUCUCCACGGUGGGCUUUGGGGACGUCACCCCUCAGAUUUGGCCCUCACAGCUGCUGGUGGUGGUGAUGAUCUGUGUGGCCCUGGUAGUGCUGCCCCUGCAGUUCGAGGAGCUGAUCUAUCUGUGGAUGGAGAGACAGAAGUCUGGGGGGAACUACAGCCGUCAUCGCGCUCAGACGGAGAAACACGCCGUGCUCUGCGUCAGCUCCCUCAAAAUGGACCUGCUCAUGGACUUCCUCAACGAGUUCUACGCUCACCCACACACACAGGACUACUACGUGGUGAUCCUGUGUCCGUGUGAAGCGGACAGCCAGGUGAGGAGAGUCCUGCAGAUUCCGCUGUGGUCACAAAGGGUCAUCUACCUGCAGGGCUCCGUCCUCAAAAACCAGGACCUUCUCAGAGCCAAGAUGGACGACGCAGAGGCCUGUUUCAUUCUGAGCAGCAGAAACGAGGCGGAUCGAAUGGCCGCAGAUCAUCAGACGAUAUUGCGAGCGUGGGCAGUGAAGGAUUUCGCCCCGAACUGCCCUCUCUACGUCCAGAUCCUCAAACCUGAAAACAAGUUCCACGUUAAAUUUGCAGACCACGUCGUGUGUGAGGAGGAGUUUAAGUAUGCCUUGCUGGCUCUAAACUGCCUGUGUCCAGCCACGUCCACUCUGGUCACUCUGCUGGUCCACACAUCCCGUGGGCAGGAGGGUCAGCAGUCUCCGGAGCAGUGGCAAAGGAUGUACGGCCGCUGUUCCGGUAAUGAAGUGUACCACAUCCGCCUGAGCGACAGCAUGUUCUUCAGAGAAUACGAGAACAAGAGCUUUACCUAUGCUGCGUUCCACGCACACAAGAAGUAUGGCGUGUGUCUGAUAGGAAUAAAGCGAGAGGACAAUAAGAGCAUUCUGCUGAACCCCGGACCCCGACACGUCAUGGCUGCUGGAGACACCUGUUACUACAUCAACAUAACAAAGGAGGAAAACUCUGCCUUCACCGUCAGACAGGAGGCGCAUCAGGGCAAGAACCGUGGCCACUGCGACAUUCUGAACAGCCCCUCAGGAUUACCCGUCCACAGCAUCAUCGCCAGCAUGGGAACAGUUGCAAUGGAUUUCCAAAACACCAGCCCAACCGGAGACACGGCCAAACUGGCCCCACCCACAGAGAACGGACAAGGAAGUCGCCGCCCUAGCAUUGCUCCAGUUCUGGAGAUCGCUGACUCUGCCUCCUUACUGCCAUGUGACCUCCUCAGUGACCAGUCAGAGGAUGAGGCAGCUCACUCUGACGAGGAUGUGCCCUCCGCCUCUGAAUGCAUGAAGGGUUAUCCUCCCAACUCGCCCUACAUCGGCAGCUCCCCCACGCUGUGCCACCUCCUACUCCAGAAAGCUCCAUUCUGCUGCCUGCGCCUCGACAAGGCCUGCGAGCAUGUUAGCUUCGAGGAUGCUAAAGCGUACGGCUUCAAAAACAAGCUAAUCAUCGUUUCGGCGGAGACGGCGGGAAACGGCCUGUACAACUUUAUAGUUCCUCUGAGAGCGUAUUACAGACCCAGGAGAGAGCUCAACCCUGUAGUACUGCUACUGGACAACCUGCCUGAUGAGCACUUCCUGGAAGCCAUUUCCUGUUUCCCAAUGGUCUACUACAUGGUGGGAACCAUUGACAACUUGGACAGUCUGCUGCAGUGUGGGGUCCUGUACGCAGAUAAUCUGGUGGUGGUGGAUAAGGAGAGCACUAUGAGCGCAGAGGAGGACUACAUGGCUGACGCUAAAACCAUCGUUAAUGUCCAGACCAUGUUCAGGUUGUUCCCCAGUCUGAGUAUCAUUACGGAGUUGACUCACCCAUCUAACAUGCGCUUUAUGCAGUUCAGAGCAAAGGACUGCUAUUCUCUGGCCCUGUCCAAACUGGAGAAGAAGGAGCGUGAUAAAGGUUCUAAUCUAGCCUUCAUGUUCCGCCUGCCGUUCGCCGCUGGACGAGUCUUCAGCAUUAGCAUGCUGGACACGCUCCUCUACCAGUGUUUUGUGAAGGACUACAUGAUCCCGAUCACGAGGCUCCUGCUGGGGCUGGACACCACUCCUGGAUCAGGAUACCUGUGUGCUAUGCGAGUGUGUGAAAGUGACCUGUGGAUCCGUACGUACGGAAGACUGUUUCAGAAGCUUUGCUCCACAAGCUCAGAAAUUCCCAUCGGAAUCUACCGCACAGAAUCCCACAUGUUCCUGCCAUCUGAGUCUCAGUAUUCGGUCAGCUCAGAGGGGUGGUCAGACACUAAGGAGACUAAGGGGGACGAGCCUAAAGUUCUGACCCGGAGCUCCUCAGGCAGCGACCAAUCAGAGCACCCACUCCUGAGGCGGAAGAGCAUGCACUGGACAAGGCGUCUCAGUCGGCGGGCCAUGAAGAGGAGUGACUCCUCCUUUUUCUCCUCCCAGCCAAAACACAGUGCCUCCCGCCGCUCAGAGAGGGAGGAGCUUACGGAACUCGUCAGGAACCGCAUGCAGCACCUGGGCUUACACACAGGAUUCAAAGAUGUCACUAAUCUGACAGCCAGUGAUGUGAUGAACAGAGUAAAUUUAGGUUAUUUGCAAGGGGAGCUGAAUGACCAGCAGAACUCUCUCUCCUACGUGCUCGUCAACCCCGCGCCAGACACACAUCUCCAGCUCAACGACGUAGUGUUUCUGAUCCGACCAGACCCACUGGCACACGUCCCGGCAGAGCCCCCAAUACGCACCCACUUCAAAGAGUGCAGACCAGACACACCAGAGAUGAACCAGGUUUAACCGGCACAAGACUGAACUGACCUUAAUCACAGCAGAAAGAUCCACCUGAAGUGGUCAUAUUUAUCACAAGACUGAAAGUGGGUUGUCCAGCUGUUUACACCUGUUGGUCCACAGCCCCGUAACACAAGCAUCCCACUGCAGUGCUGCAUUAUGACCAGCAGGUGGAGACAGAAUUCAUUUGAUUCCAGUGUUUGAUUGCUAGUGUUGCACUUUGAUCAGUAGGAGGCGCCAACAUAUCUGAUUUUAGAGCAGAACUUCAGUACCUCGCAUCACAGCCUCCAGCACUUUGUAGAUGUUGCUUUUUUAAGCUGAUCUCUGAUCAGGUUUUUUUGUUGCUAUUUUAUACAUACAUUCUCCAUCCACUUUGACUGAAACUCCUGCCUUGUAUCAUCACUCCUGUGUGAGCUUAUUGGACAUCUCACCCCAAAACCAUAGGCAAUAAUAUGGACUCCCUCCCACCCUUUUAUGAUUAAGUGACACUUAUUAGUCCCACAGCAGCGUAACUUCAGCUCCACAUUUAACCCACCUGUGCAGUUAAACACCACAUACACACUAGUGA